AUGCCAGUCAUUGGCAGCAAGAUCAGUAGACGAGUGGUCCUCCCUUCAUUUACCAGCAGAGGAGGGUAUCGGUUUCCAAGGCUUACCCAAAGUACUACCAUUGGCGUUGGAUUUGGAAAUUGCAGGUAUCGCACUUUUACUGCAGCAGAAGAAAUCCACGAGGAGAGCCAUGACAACGGCAAUUUGAAGCGACAACACCCGAUUACAGGACCUGGUACAGGAAGUAGUAUCAAGCUGGCGUCAUCAUCAUCCGAUACAGUUUUGCCAGCUUUGGAGAUUCUUCAAGGAGGCUCUGCUCUCCAGAUUUCAUUCGAUUUGAAGGAACAAGAUAACACGACGACACAAACUAAUAUAAAAUCCAUAUAUCAUGCUCCCUGGCUUUGGUAUGCGGACCCGACCUACAUACAUCCUUCUUCCGGACAGCGACUACGACGAUGGAGUCACUUUCCAGGAUGGAAAAUUCAAGCUGUGGAACUUGUGCAUCAUGAUCCAACUUCCAAAGCAGCAGCAGCAACAACAACAAUUACUGACAUUGACAGUACUUCUGCCUCCAUUCCUCAUCCACCACCUCCUCCUGGAUGCAUGCACUCUAUUGGCACUGUGUAUGACGAUACCUUUCGUCAGCCACAAGACAAACAACGACAAUUCUUGAAGGUUACAUGGGACACAACAACAUCUGCAACAACAGCAACAACGACCACUGAAACGGGGGAUAGUGAUAACCCGGUUGUCUCCUACUACGAUUGGGAAUGGCUACAACGUUGUCGAUACGAUGACCAGGCACGACAAGAACGGGCUCAGAACACACGCAUUACACAGAAACAGGCACUCGGUCGUCAUCCAAACUGUGCCAAGAUACAAGAAAUACCCUAUGCCGAACUCUUCCCAUCGGAUGGUGACUACCGAUCGGCCAAACCGGACACACUCUUGAGAGUUUUGCAUGCCGUGGCAGAACAGGGAGCUGUCCUCCUCAAGGAAUCACCCAUUUUAGAAUCCUUCCUCCACUAUGAUCCCAACAGCGCCGCCAUUGACCACGACGACGAACAAGGCUGGACGCACAAAUCGGCCGUGGCUAAAGUGGGACGCGCCAUGUCGGGGGGAUCCUUGUCCCACGGGACGCUCUAUGGGGAUUUGUUCCAUGUCCGAUCCAUGCCCCAUGCACUCAAUAUCGCCUACACAUCGGUUCCCUUGAGCCCGCAUCAAGAUUUGACCUACUUUGAAUCCAAACCAGGUAUGCAACUAUUGCAGUGUGUGCGUCGGGAACAAAUUCGAGGUGGUGAAUCGGUAUUGGUGGAUGCCAUUGCGGCGGCGGAACACUUGCGACAAGUGGCACCGCCCGAACUGUUCCAGACACUUUGUAGGGCGCAUGCCACCUUUGGCAAGCAACGACCGGGUGCAGAUAUGGUAUAUCAUCGACCUCAUAUCGUUUUGGGAGGAAGCAUGGGACAAGUCGUUGCGGUGCAUUGGAGUCCCCCGUUCGAAGGACCACCACUGGAGAUUCCACAAGAUGCUCUGGAGGAUUACUUGAUGGCAUAUGCGGCGUUUGAACGCUUGUUGGACGACCAACUAUUCUCGUCGUCAUCCAACCAGACUUCGUCGGCAUUCUUGCCACCCGACUUGGAUGCUAUGUUGCAUCAAUAUGCUUGUGACUACACUUGGGAACGUGCCUUGGAACCUGGGGAUAUUCUUGUAUUUAACAAUCAACGCAUGCUCCAUGGUCGUCGUGGCUUUGAACUCCUGGAGGAUGCCAACAAGGAUGAACAUAAUGUCAUCCAUCGACACUUGGCGGGAUGCUACACCAAUAUUGACGACACCAUCAACACCUACCGAGUCCUCCUACGACAGCUUCCAAACCGAGAGAAUUUAACGGUGCGAGGUUUUGGAAAUGGCAGCAGUGGUUCUUUCUAG